AAGCCCCGCACGUCACUACACGAGGAGCCGGCAACAUGUGGAGGUGUGCAGUACUGCUAUCUGUGUGUUUUGCGGGGCUAGCUGCCGGGGAGGAACUAAUCGACGACUUUGACCCUUUUGCGGUCCAUAUGGAUUGUGGACCAAACGAAGAGUUUCAUCAAUGUAAACAUAGUUGCCCACCAGAACAGACUUGUGAAACACGCAAAAUACACAUACUUUGUGCAGCUGUUUGGACACCCUGUAUAAGAAAAUGUGUAUGUAAACAAGGGUACUACAGGAAGACGGAGGGCGGGGAGUGUAUACCAGAAGAAGAAUGUGGACCAGCUUGUGGUGAAGGAGAGGAGUACACGGAGUGCGUCAACCCUUGCGUGGAUGACACCUGCGCUGCAAUGGGGAGUCUGAAACCGAACUGUACCAGCCCUGAGCCUUGUGUCCCGGGCUGUGUUUGCAAGAAAGACCAUUUUAAGCAAAAUAAAUACUACCCGUGUUGGCCCAAGUGCUAUUGUGAAGAACUACGGGAUUCUCCCGAUUGUAGACCGGUUUAUGACGAUGCUUUAUAAGUUGGAGAUUAAUUUAUUUGUUACUAGCUACUCUUGCGCGAUUUCAUCCGCUGCUUAGCUCCAUUUAAUCGUAGCGUGAUGUUUUAUGUUCUAUAGCACUCUGGAACUUUGUAACUAUCUAUCAGUGAAAGAAUUUUGGCAAUUCGACUAGCGGUUCCAAAGUUUAGCAACCCCUACAUACAAACAUACAAACUAACAAAUUUCACCUCUUUAUAAUAUUAGUAUAGAUAUAGUAUAGAUAUUGGUGUAACAUCUCAGCUUAACUUACUAUCUACUGAUGGACCUCUGUGAUCCACGGCUAAAAUUUGCUUAAAGGAACUAACUUGAUAAUUUAACAAAGAUAAUGUAUGUGAAAGUGAUAUUAAAAAAGUAACCAUCGAGUUUCUUGCUUGUUCUUCCAUUCCAUUGGAAUCAAUCUUCACUUUGGAACGAGCAAAUAGCUUCUCUAAGAGGACUGACCAUCUUACUCGUAAAACUUCGUUUGACGUUAAAAAGUGUUUGUAAGGGACUAAUUAAAAUAAAUGAUUUUGACUUUGACUUUGAAGAUUUCUUUUCGAUGGAGAUCUUGUUGCCAGCUAACCUAGCCUACCUAUCUGGUCAGUAGAUAAAGUUGGGAAAGAUGAUGUUUCCAGUAACUCUUAGUA